AUGGUCAUUGUCAGCCGCACUGCAUUCUCCUUGAGUAGGUAUCCACCAACGUGCGUUGCCCAUGCUUGUCAAACAAGUAUAAAGGCCGAGCGGGGACUCGGAAGAUCUGUACAUUUCUGCAGAGUCCCAAAACCAAAUUUUCUUAAUCUUACCAUUUUCUCACCUUUUACAAUGAACUGGACCCAGGUCUCCCCGACCCGCUGGGAACGCGCGCUCAGCGGAAUGGAAGAGUACUUUGUCUUCAUCGGCAACAUCACCGCAGCAUUGUACGACGGCCGGCAGCAAUACACUGUUCUCACAAAAGUAAAAGUCACCCUGAACAUCCCCGACGUGGAAUCCACCCUCCGUCACGCCUGGAAACAAGUCCGGUACGAGGAGCCCGAUAUCGCGACAACGGUCGAACCAGGGAAGAAGAUCUUCGAGGUUCUCGAUGAUACCUCCAUCGAGAAAUGGGUCGAUGAGACCUUCAUCGUUGAUACCGAGCGCGACGCGGAGGAGCUGUAUCGCCUUGGUCGGACAAUGAAGCCGGCGACCAUGUACUAUCUGCCCAAGUCGUCGGAGCUGGUUAUCCAUGGACACCAUGCGGUCUUUGACGGGAUUGGGAUGAUCAUGUUCUGGGAUCGGUUCUUUCGCGCCGUGACGGAUCCCAACCACACCAUUACUUUUGGCGGAGAGCAUGUCCGGCUCGCACCCGCGCUGGACGAUCUCGUUGGCCUCAAGGGCCCUAUCACCCCAGAACAAAGUGAAAAGGGCCUCGCAAUCCUCAUGGAAUACAUGACCAAACUCCCGGCUAUCGGAUUCCCCUCGAAAGUCGGCAAAGUCCCCGCAGGGCAAUGCCAGGCGAUGGAGUAUGUUUUCUCCGAAGAAACAACAUCGGCGAUCAUCAGGGCCUGCAAAGCGCGAGGGAUAACCGUGACAUCGGCCGUGCACGCCGCAUACAUCAGCGUGCUCGCCAGGUACGCCGACCCAGCGUCGAACACAACGCGGUACGCGUUGCCCUGUGAAUUCAAUCUCCGUGGACGCCUCGAGCCGCCGUAUAACCAGGUUGCGGCCGCGAACUAUAAUCUCCCGCUCCCAUUCUCGGUUGAUCUACCGGCGAUGUUUGACGAGCUCAGCACGAUUCUGAAUAAGUAUUACCGCGGGUACCUCCACGAACACCCGGAAGUCCUCGAGGUCCAGGCUUCUUUCACGCAAGCGCUUCAGCAGAUUGUCAAGACGCCCGAGUACCAGAGCGCGCCGAUCCCGACGGAUGCGUUGGUGAGUAGUCUGGGGAUUGUGGAGAAUCAUCUGCAGCGUUCCUAUGGCGAGGGCGAUGCGGUUGUUGUGGAGGACUGGAAGCUGGCGUGUGAUAAUGUCCUGGGAAUGACGGGGUUUCACUUUUAUACGUUCCGUGGCAAGUUACGGUUUGUCUAUCAGUUCAACGAGGCGUACCAGGAGCCAAAAGAUAUUAGGAUGUAUAUGGAGGAGAUGGAGAGGGUGUUGAGGGAGGAGUUGGUGGGUUCGAAGAGUGGGAAGGGUUCGCCGUGUGGUUUUACAUAG